CCGCUUACUGACGGGGGUCCGCUCGUUCGCUCGCCCGCCCGCCCGCCGGCUGGAGCGCGCCAUGGCUGCCGGGUGCCGGAUAGGUCCGUCCAUCCUUAACAGCGACUUGGCGGCGCUGGGCGCCGAAUGCAGCCGCAUGAUGGAUUGCGGAGCGGACUACCUGCACCUGGAUGUAAUGGACGGGCAUUUUGUCCCAAACAUCACUUUUGGCCAUCCUGUUGUAGAGAGCCUUCGGAAGCAGCUGGGUCAGCAGCCCUUCUUUGAUAUGCACAUGAUGGUUGCUAAACCAGAACAGUGGGUGAAACCCAUGGCUGUAGCAGGUGGAAACCAGUACACCUUUCACAUAGAAGCUACAGAAAAUCCAGGGGCACUCAUUAAAGAUAUAAGAGAAAAUGGGAUGAAGGUUGGUUUGGCUAUCAAGCCUGGAACUACAGUAGAAUAUUUAGCGCCAUGGGCCAAUCAAAUAGAUAUGGCCUUAGUUAUGACAGUAGAACCUGGAUUUGGUGGACAGAAGUUCAUGGAAGAUAUGAUGCCAAAGGUUCAUUGGCUGAGAACGCAGUUUCCUUCCUUGGAUAUUGAAGUGGAUGGUGGCGUAGGGCCGGAUACCAUUCAUAAAUGUGCAGAGGCAGGGGCAAAUAUGAUUGUGUCUGGAAGUGCUAUAAUGAAGAGUGAUGACCCCAGAGCUGUGAUCAACCUGCUGAGGAACGUGUGUUGUGAAGCUGCUCAAAAACGCUCUCUUGACCGGUGAAAUCAGGUUACUACCAAAAGGCUUUCAAUGCUACUUUCCUGUCUAUGUGUGGGUGGGAUAACUAGCAAGACUGCAACACUGAAGAUUCAUUCCUUCUUUGCAGAGAAACAAGCAGCAACACAGUAAAAUUGCCUUGCCAGCUUGGAGCUGGACUGGCCCACUACUAUCCUUUAACUUUUCUAAUACGCAUUACAACAUACGGACACUGCUUGCUUGAGAAUUCUUAUUGUAGCCGUUUGCCAUGGAAGACAAAUUAAUUUUGUUCUACAUUAAACACAAAUGUGUCCAUUCCUUAACAUUUUAAACACCUGAAAAUAAAACUUGAGAUGGAAAGUCUUUAAGAGUGACUGGACUUGAUAAAAUGGACUGGAUCCAAACCUUGUUAAGGUCCAAACAAUGAUACAAAAUGAAGAAUGGAAUGGGGAGGGAGAUGAAAUGUUUGAAAAUCUCCAUAUGAAAAUAGAAAAUCUUGGAAAUACUGGGAUUUUUAAAAAAAUAAGCAAGACUUUUUAGAGCAAUGUUUAUUGCUCUUUAAGCUUAAUACUACUUGCUGUUAAGUUGAAGGUGCUUUGUAUAAAAACAUUACGAAUUGCAUCACUAACUUUCACCAACGUUCCGUUUCAGAAAUGUGGUUCUUAUAAUACAAGUAACUUGAGAAAUAUUAUUUUAUAAUCUGUUGGUGAUAGACGCAGAGUGCCUUUUGAAUGGAAAACAAUCCUCUUCUUCCCUCAGGAGAAAAUUUGUCCUAUCUUAAUAGUACAUGCUACCUCAAUUAAGAGAUCUGAAAACAUAAUUAUGAAAAUAAACAUUUUGCCAUACGAA